AGUGUUCCAGAUCUUAUACAUGUACUUACACCGGCUGUGUUCUCUGUCUGGCACUCACCCUCAAGGAACACAAGCAGAUAUGGACAACAUAACGUGGCUUACACGGGUAAAAACGGAUAAUCCAUCACUUCUCAUGUCGUGUGACCUCCUUCAUAUCAUGGUUUCCUGCAUUUUUCGAUGAUUCUCCCAGCAGACGUCUAGUUUAUCUGCUGAACUUCAUCCCCAUCUUCGUCUCUUCCGCGUUCCGGGUAUUCCCGUCCAAAAAUAUCUAUAAUAUGCAUUCCAUCCACCCCUUACGGGAAAGCGGGCGGCCGCAGCGCGUGCGACGUGCGACGUGCACAGUCACAGAGCUUGAGGAAACCUUCAUGGAGACAUAUAUCCGUCUUACAGCAUGCGCAAUAGCUAUAAUUGCCAUCCUCGUUUUCGUAACAGCGAGCUACACCUCGUUUGAACGGCAAAUUGUCCUACC